AUUUCUAACGAUCAUUAGUUACCUUUUGCUAUUUCUCAAGGUUUCUACAACAAUCAGUGAAAAUGAAGCUUAUUUUAUGCACGAUUUUGUUUAUUGGAACCGCCGUGGUGGCUUCUGUUGUACCAAGAAUUGUUGGAGGAAAGCCAGCUACUCCGCAUGAGUUUCCUUACAUGGUUUCCCUGCAAUGGGUUAAGCCUCAUCACACACAUUUCUGUGGUGGAGCACUUUUGAACAAAAGAUGGGUACUGACUGCUGGCCAUUGUGUUAAUGCUCUGACGGGUAAUGAUGACAUUGUUGCUGGAGCACAUAGUCUUGAAAAUCCAGAUAAAUAUGAACAGAGGAGGAAGGCUCUUAGGACGUUCGUUCACAAAGAUUACAGUGGAGGUGUUGCUCCUCAUGAUAUUGGUCUAAUUUACGUAUCAGAACCUUUCAAAUUCAAUGCUUAUGUCCACCAUUUACAUUUGCCUUCCGUUGAGGCUUUCUAUCCUACUGGACACGCCACAAUUUCUGGAUGGGGAUCUACGUCUAAUACUACAACUCAGGAAUAUCCCGAUUUACUUAUGAAGGCUGAUCUUCCAAUUCAAACUUUAGAUUUAUGCUUUGAAAUCUUUGCCAAUACGCCGCUGCACAGUACCAAUGUUUGUGCUGGAGAACUCGAUGGAUCAAAGGCUGUCUGCGUCGCAGAUUCAGGUAGUCCUCUUGUGCAAAAAGACUCCGAAGGAGACGUUGUAGUUCAUGGACUAACCAGCUGGGGUCAAGUACCAUGCGGAAGACCAGGAACGACGGGAGUUUUCGUAAAUGUCUCAUACUUUUUGAAAUGGAUUAAGGAGACAAUGCAAAAUUACGAAAACCAGUUAUAAUUUAUUUUUAUUUAAAAAAUAAAUUCUCUGUUGUAAAGGAAACCUAAACAAAACCCAGUAGGGGAAAGUGCUCUCCCUUCGAAUGUUCAUGCCUUUGAAUAAUAUGAAUUUCUUCUGUUUUUCGUAAGAGAUUUACACUAUUUAAAUUAUCAUGGAAUUAUCAACAAUUGAUGAUAAGCCAACUAAUAUUUAAUAAAAAUGUGUAAGUCUCUUAGGAAAGCGAAAAGAAAAUUCACAUUAUUCAAAGGCAUGAACGUUCGAAGGGAGAGUACUUUCCCCUAUACUGUAUAUUGGGCCGCGGUCCAAAAUUAAAUUACGUUAAUAGUCUUAAAUUGUUUGCUUUCAUGUAUACGGGUAUCCCUAUCGUCCUUAAAGAGUUAACAGGAAUGCACUUAGCAGAAAGUUCAAUUUUACAAUGAAUAUCGUUUGCAAUAUGAUGCUUUUUCGUUCUACAAUAUAUCCUUUAAAGCCUUUAAAGCAUUGAUCCCCGAAAUAUUUAGGCUGAUCUCUAAGAAAAUCAAAAGCAACCAUCAGAUUCCGGAUUAAUCUGUACGAUCUAUAAGUUAAUGCCUGAGUUUAUCUACGACUUUAAUACCCUUUUUAUUUAUUUUUUCAUUAAAUUCAUUAAAUUUUUUAUUCAGGUUAGCUCAGCAGCGUAUAAUCGACUUGUCAGAAUAUAAGUCGAAUAAGUCUAUUUGUUGCAAAAUUCAUUUUUUCCGCUUUUCGGUACUCCUUAACAUCCGCUACCUUCCCUGUGAAUAUUAUACCGGAAAGUUCAUUAUUCUCAAAGUUAUAGAGGUUUCAAAUCUUAAAAAUCCUAUACUUAGCAUGCUAAAUCUCAACUUUAAAUCGCUCUUUUGUAAAGUUGGCCAUUCGAGACUUAUUUAUCAUAUUAUAUUCUGAGCCGUCGAUAUACACCUCUCGAUUUUUCUUCAUCAGUUCAGGAAGGCGUUCAAAGAUUAUAAAUUUGCUUCAGCCACCUUGUCCCACCUUGUCCUAAGAUUGACUCUCUUCCACAAUGGCUUACAUAGUUUUUCUAAGACCUCUUUCUAUAUUCAUGCGCUAAAUAUGAUCAUAUCAUAGAAGUUGUGACUUAUUGAAAUGAAGAAACCCAGCCAUCAAUCUCUUAGUUUCUCACGAGCGGCUACGUUUAUCACUCAAUGUCUAUGAGUAUAUAUUCCUUAACCGCCUGGAGGUACCUCAUUUUGGCAGCUCGUAUUCGUGAUCUUAUUCGUUCGGUCAUUACAGAAAUCUCAUGACCACAGACAAGGCAUUGUUCAGGUUGUCGGAAGAUCAUCGAUACCUCAGAUCCCUCAGAUAUUCUUUUUUUAAUCAUAUCAAAUAAAAAGGCAAGUUUUAUUUUUUGGACAUGUUCUUUCAUUUAAUAUCCUUUCAUGAAAAUCUUUGUCACAAAAUAACAGACAAUAAAAAAAAUAAACAGAGAAAGAGACCA